CGACAUGGCGGUCCAGCCUUCGAGGCAGCCGGAGCAGGACCCUCUCCUGCCAGAGGCCGAGAGAGGUCCUGAAAGCCCGGAAAGCCCUCAUCUGUCUCGCGCAAGGAGGGUGGUAAAAGCGCUUGCUGAUAAUGCCGUGCUCAUCUCCAUCACAUUGCUGAUCGCAGCUGUGGUUGCUAUCCUUUGUGUCUUCAUUGGGGUAUAUCGUCACACAAAACAGGAAAUCCAGCCCGCCGUGUGCCUAACUCCUGCAUGCGUUCAUGCUUCGUCCGAGAUCCUCUACAACCUUUCGCCCGAUUACAAGAACAUUGAUCCGUGUACCGAUUUCGAGCAGCUGGCAUGCGGUGGAUGGGAUGACCGCCACGAUCUUCGACCGGAUCAGGGGGAUGCCUUCACGGGCACGAUAAUGAGUGAAAACUCUCAGAUGUUGCUGAGACACAUACUCGAGGCCCCAUAUCCCGAUGAGUCAAAGCACUCUAGCUUUUCCCCUGCAAAACUUAUCCGUUCUCUUUCGUCCGCCGACCAGGAUAAUUUCAACAAGUUGAAAGCCGCAUAUGAUGCAUGCAUGGACGAGGAUACCAUUAAGAAGCGCGGAUUAGAGCCACUGAUGGGCAUCUUGCACCAUGUCGCAGAAAUAUUCCCCCUUACGGAAUCAGCUCUAAACGAGAGAGCCCUAUCCAAAGAUGCGGAAGGGGAAGGCCUGGCAAAUACAAUAGGUUAUCUUGCCAAGUUGGGUGUUUCGGCAUUGAUAUCCUGCGGUGCCGGGGCAGAUGAUAAAGAUCCCGAUGUUGUUGUGGUGCAGGCAUCGCCUCCAUACGAAAUCGGUUUACCUGCGAAAGACUACUACAAGGAUGGCAAGGUCGUGAAGUUAUAUGAGGCUACUCUUGCGCAAAUAUUCGACAAGUUUCACCCCGGUAGCAAUGAUGAAGACGCAGCACUGAAGUUUGGAGGACUCGAAAUCAUUGCUGCACGUGGCAGAAGCAACGAGUACGCCCACAAAGUUGUCGAGUUGGAGAAGAAAUUGGCAGCCGCAUCUCCAGAUGCCGAGGACAGGGAUGAUGUUACUAAAUAUUACAACCCUAUGUCUCUCUCUGAUGCUAAUCUCCUCACACCCCAAAUCCAUCUAGCGACGAUCAUCAAUGGUCUUGCUCCCUCAGACGUCAAAACAGAUCGCUUGAUAGUGAUGUCACCUCAGUAUAUGAAGGACCUAUCCGAAAUUCUGUCUGAGACGCCGAAGGAUGUGCUGCGGACGUAUUUUAUGUGGAAGGUUAUACAAAACUACGCCUCAGCGCUUGAUGCUGAUGAACUCAAACCAUAUUCGAGGUUUACGAACCAGCUUCAAGGAAAAGACCCUGAUUCAAGUCCAGAACGCUGGAGAACUUGUGUAGACCAUGUCGAUGGUGGCUUGGGUUGGAUCCUGAGUCGCUUCUUCGUGGAAAGGGCCUUCUCGUCCAAAGCCAAAGAUUUCGGUGAUCAAAUUGUAUCUGACAUUAAGGAGAGGUUCAUUGAAAAGUUAAAGGCGGCGACUUGGAUGGACAAGGAUGUUGUGCAACUUGCCAUUGAAAAGGUCCAUAAGAUUGUCCAAAAAAUCGGUUACCCGACCAAGAGCCCUAACAUCAUGGAUCCGCCAAGCCUGAAGGAUUACUAUCGCUCGGUCAAUAUCACAUCCUCCUCGUUCUUUCAAAACACUCUCGAGAUGUACCGAUUUGAAGUAGCAAAGGAGUGGUCAGCUCUGGGCAAGCCUGUUGAUCGCGAUCAAUGGGACAUGACAGUUCCAACAGUGAACGCUUAUUAUAAUCCGCCUGGCAACGAAAUUGUAUUCCCGGCGGGUAUCAUGCAGUUCCCUGUUUUUGACGUCGAGGUGCCACAAUAUCUCAGCUACGGCGCAUUUGGCUCUGUAUCCGGUCACGAGCUCUCUCACGCUUUUGACUCCACAGGACGCCACUACGACCAGAAUGGGAACUACACAGACUGGUGGACACCAAGUACGGUAGAGGGCUUCAAACAGCGCGCCUCCUGUUUCGUCGACCAAUACCAUAACUUCACCGUCCCCGGCCCUGACGGAACCCCCCUCCACGUCAACGGCAAACUCACCCUAGGUGAAAACAUCGCCGACGCAGGCGGUCUCUCGGCCGCCUUCGCCGCCUGGAAGAAGCGGCAAGCGGAAACGCCGAACCAAGACCUCCCCGGCCUCGACUUCUUCACCCAGGACCAGCUCUUCUUCGUAAGUUACGCGAAUUGGUGGUGCGGCAAGAGCCGCAAGGAAACAGCCAUCAGCCGCAUCUACACGGAUCCGCACGCACCCAAAUGGGCCCGGAUCCUAGGCACGAUGGCGAACUCGCGAGAUUUCAAGGAGACGUUCCAGUGUAAGACUAAAGAACCCGUUUGUGAGCUUUGGUAGGUGUAACUAUAUUGAAUUCUGUGGCGUAUAUAAAUUGCAUAGAAGAUGUGUAUUUCUUAAAGGGUUCAUGGUAGGAUUCUGGGUUCUAGGCAUACCUCGCGUGGGUACGCAUAGCAUUAGGUAUUCAUUACCUACCUACCUAGGUAAGGUAGGUAAAAGCAAACACCAUUUUCUCACUCAACAUGAUAUCAAUAAUCAAUCCAGACCCCUACCUACCUACCUACCUAUUUCUAGAAAUAAAUAAUAAAUAAAU